CUAGGGGACUCCUACCCGCCUACUACCACCCAUCGCAGUACCAACACCCAAACCUGGCGCUCUCUGCUGCUCCCGGCACUCACCCAGAAUCCUCCAACCAACCAACCAAAGUUCCUCCCAUACUACCCGUCCAGAAGUCUCAUCACCACUAACACCCCCCAAAAAAUCCCUUCCCAGCGAAAUCUUCGCGUCGUGUCCUCUGCAUCCCAUAACAACACAACCCCAUCCUUUUCAUCAUUUCUGAGCGAUUUUUUCCAUCUGGAUGACUUCGCUCAAUCCACUCCCCUUAAUUUUAGCGCGUUAAUCGGAUGCUGUGUUCCCCGAAAUAGACUCCAUGCUCCGUGACGAGCUUCUCCGGUCUAAGAAAGAUGAGAUCGCACGUUGUUUGUCGUCGCGGAAGCGCAAACUGAGCGAGCUCUACUUUGCGACCGUAGGCUUCGCGGGCGCGACCGAGAACGCUCCGGCGGACUCGCUCUAUCACCACAAGGAACAGGCGUUCCUCGACGCCAACGACCUCUCAAAAGGUCGUUAUUUCAAUCCAGCUACACUCCCACCAUUACCAGACUAUGCGUCCAUUUUAGCGCGCAAAGCCAGGGAAGCAGAGGAGACAGCUGCGGCGACACGACCGGUGCCAGCGGAAUUGACUGCCAAAUCUCACGAUGCUACGGCCUCCGUCCCGCAAUUGGGAGCCCAGAGUGCUGCUGCGCAGGCCAUUGCCAAUGAUGUGGAGCGCCAGCCGAAGUAUCAGAAAAUAACAGAACAGAGACCUUCUGAUCACGAGCCUGAGCACCGAGUGGCAACUAAUCAAGUCGCGCCUGCUAUCGCAUCUCAGGUGUCCCAAGUGCCUGAUGUUUCGGCUCCUGCAAUAGCGCAUCCCGCGCAGCCAUCAGCUACUGACAACAAGGUGUCUACAUUGACAACGGAAGCACGUCCAAAUGUCUCUAGCAAUGGCAUCGGUGAAGGUAGUGCAUCCCCAGUCCAGGCACAGCCAAAGCCCAAUGUGGAUGCCCGGCCAUCUGUAACUCCAGACCUUUCGUACGCUCAAAGGAAGGAUGGUACACGGCCUUCCCUCGCUCAGGGCCGGCCCGCCCAGGUUCCUGAGCAGCCACUCUCCCCUGUUUCUUCAGCUGGGCCUUAUUCCAAUAAUACCCCGGUGCCAGUCCCCGUUUCACCUGCUACCAGCCCUGCGGAGGAGAUGAAUGAUGCGCCCCACAAGAUCCCAAGUCCCAAAGAUGAAGAGGCAGUCAAGGCACCGCCUAGCUUGGUGCCUUCCACGCCUGAUGAGCAACUUCGCCUGGAAGAGGCUCAAUCAUUCCAACAGAGCAACCUGGCUGCGGUCAAGACAAGUGCGGACGAGGUUGACGGAGGUACUGUCACGAGCGAGGUCAUCCAGGAAAAUGUUGUGACGUCGCCGGCUGACGUCAAAGAAACGCCGAGAGAAACGCCCGAGCUGGCACCGGCUCUUCCGUCACUCGAUCAUAAGAGGCCUGACGGAGUUAUUGAGGCAACCGAUGAGUUACGGCCUUCCACACAAGCCGGGCCUGCACCUCAAGCUGAGGCCAGCAGCAAGGUGCCUACGGAAACAGCUCCAGUGAUAAAGAAACCGACGCCGCCAGCCCAUCCGGUACCGUCUCCACCGGAAAGAAUGACAACCAGGGUGUCCUCUGGCGCUAUCAGACAUAAAUCUGUUUCUGAGAUUCUGGGAGAACCUCCAAAGACGCCCGUAUCGCCUUCGGACAAGGGAACUCUGCCCGAGAAGCCUACAGAAUCAGCACGGGAUGUGUCCACUGCGACCCCUGACUCUGCAGCCAGGAUGCGGUUCAAAGAUCGGAAAGCGCGUGAGAAAGAGAGAACUAAAUUGUCUACCGUCGUAUUCCCAAAGCAGCAACAACAACAACAGAUCCAAGAGAAAAGCGAGUCUAUGGAGUUGGUCCGGCAACACGCUGGUGAUCUUGCCAAGAUUAAUGAAGAACAAGACUAUCUUUUCACCCUCUUCCAGAAUCGAGCAUACGCACCUCCCCGGGGUACAAGUCUCAGCACACUUCUCGCAUCAGCCCACAAGACCUUAACCACUUCCAACCACUUCCUUGAUUACCAGGAACAAAUGGAUUGUCGUACCUUGCGCCGGAUCUAUUCCCUCCAAAAUGCGAAUCGAUGGCCCUUGCGUCAGUUGAAACGUUCAGUUGAACCACCUCGAGAGGCAACACAUUGGGAUGUUCUUCUGGAUCAUGUAAAGUGGAUGCGCACUGAUUUCCGUGAAGAGCGGAAGUGGAAGAUUGCAGCUGCAAAAAGCUGUGCUGACUGGUGUGCGGAGUAUGUUAACAGUGACCCCGAGCAUCAGUCACUGCUCCGCAUUCAAGUAAAGACCCCAUCAUUGAAGAUUGAAGCUAAAUCUAGCAUGAUUUCGCCACCUGAAGAAACAGGUGAUGAAAUGGCGGCAAUAUCUCACCCUACACCAGAUCUAGUGCCCUCCACUGAAGAGGAUUCUGUUAGUGAAGGAUUCAAUGAUGAGCCGCGCCACGAUCUUCAUGACACGGUUGCACCAGCUGCGAUCUUCUCCCUUGGUACCGACGAGUUCACGUUCUCAUUGGACAUGACAGCGGCAGCUCGAGAGAUCCUUGAUAAUCUGCCAACAUACACACCUGUCACUAUUUCUCCAGACACGAACUUGCCCGCAUUCAAAGAACCACCGGACUCUGUAUGGAAAACCGAGAUCCUGCCCGUUUCGAAAUACGCGUCGGGCAAAAUCACUUUCCAUGACGACGAACCACCUCCCAAGCGUAGCCGCUACGACUACUCACAGUACCAAUCAGAUCCCGAGCAAGCCGUGCUGGAUUUGCCGCCAGAACAAACCAAUGUCGCAUUGUUCCGACCUGAAAACAGACAUAUACGUGAUAGAAUCCACCCAGGUCAUUCAUUUCGCCCUCCGACUGAGCAUCCUAUGCCCUCCGUUGGCUUCUUUGAAUCUAGACAGUCGUCUCAGUGGACAUAUGCAGAGGAUGAUGAGCUACGGCGCUUAGUCAAGGAGUACUCAUACAAUUGGUCUCUUAUCUCCAACUGUCUCACACCGUCAUCACAGUUUACAUCGGGAGCAGAAAGGCGGACCCCCUGGGAAUGCUUUGAGCGUUGGGUCGGUUUGGAAGGCUUGCCAGCCGACAUGUCUAAGACACAGUACUUCCGUGCUUAUCACCAAAGGCUUGAGGCAGCACAGCGAACUGUACUAGCGCAACAACAAGCCGCCCAGCAACAACAGCAGCAGCAGCAGCAGCAGCAACAACAACAGCAACAACAGGGCAACAACAGCAAUCCGCAGUCAGUACCCCAAGUUCGAAGGCGGACGACGCAACCUGUCAGGGUCGAUCGCAAGAGAUCCUCUAAGCACCUUGCAUUGCUUGAUGCCAUGCGUAAACUGGCUAAGAAGCGAGAGACCAUGCUCCAGAAGCAGCAACAUGCCUCGCACUUGGCAUCGUUACGGAAAGUAAACGAAGCAAAUCAACCGAAACCUCCAAUUACGUCGCCCGCUGAAUUCAGCCGACUCAAGUACGAGCGUGAAUUGAAGCUUCAGGAGCGGCAAGAACAAUACCGGCAGCAAAUGAUUGCCCAGCAAAGAGCGAACCUAGCAGCCCAACGUGCCGGGCAAAUACCUAACCAGCAGCCGAUGAUGAAUGCCCCAGGACGCACUCCUGGCGGCCUGCCUCAUAACCCUGGAACUUCUGCUAUGACCGGCAACACUGCAAAUGGCCUUCCGAAUGCGUUGCCCAACGGGUUGCCCCCCGGAGUUGGUGCUAACCAAGGACGUCCCCAUAUGCAGGGUAUGCCCAACGCUACACCUGUGAAUGGACCCAUGCCAUCGAAUCCAAUGGCGAUGAAGAUGAUGCCACAGUCGGGAAUCCAACAGAACAAUGGUGCCCGCCCUGGGAUGCCCAUGCAGACACCUCCUGAUAAUACGCGUGUUAUGCGGGAGGCGAAUCGGCUUCAAGAGCAACAACGGAUCCUCCAGACCAGACAGCAGGCCCAGCCACAACAACUUCCUCAUCAACAGCAGGCUCAGCCCCAACAGCCACAGCAGCAAUUCCAUAAUCAACAGCAGUUUGUGCCACAAGGAUCCCAUUCUCCGAAUCUGAAUAUGCCGAACGUCAACGGCACUCCAAACAACCCUGCGAUGAUGGCGGCGCUGCAGGCUGGAGGUGGAAUGCAAAGCCCAUCCUUUCACAAUACCACCCCACAGGGAGUGUCUACGCCCUCUCCCCGCAUGGCUCAACCCAAUCUCCUCUCCGGUGGUGUGGUCCCAACUAUCAGCACCAUCCAAAGCCAAAUACAGCGGAGCAACCCGAACAUGCCUCCGGAGCAGGUUAACAAGCUUGCUACGGAUCGGUUGCAUCAGUAUCAACAGCAGCGCAUGUCCCAAGUUGCCAUGAGUGCUGCUGCUGGAAAUAUUGGCAGCGUGCAAGCCAAUUACCAAAUUCCCCACGAGGCCAGUUUCCAGUCCCCGCAGCCGGGUUUGAAUGGUGCGCCUGGUAUGCAAGUACCUCAGGCUCAAGGAUAUUCCCCCAUGAUGCGUGUUCCCCAACCUGCCCAGCAAAAUCGUGUCGGUGUAGGGAGCUCCCCUGCUAUGAACGGGGCGGUUCCUCAGCCGAGCCGGAGUGUGACGCCGCAAACCCAGCGCAGUGGCAGUGCCCAGGCUGGCGCAGUGGCCGGGACAAGCAAGAGUCCUAACCCUCCGCAGGCUCAGACGGCGACAAGCUAAAUGACCUUGCCUUUAUCUUCUCUUCUUCGUUGUAAAUAUUUCCCACCCACCUUAUCACCUUUUAUUCACUAUCCCUGCUUCGAGCACCCACCUUGACACCCUCCAAUCCUCUUUAUCAACUCCACCCUUAUUGCCUCCAACCCCUUCGUCCUUUUCACCUCCCCCCAACACUUCUACCUGCUUUGCGAGACAGACCUUCCUGUCUUAUCUUUCUCCAGAUUUCUCUUGUUAUACCGGCAGAUUUUCACCGGCUUUUAGCCGGUUGCCUGUUAUGCACAAAUGGCUUCCAUUUUAUCGACCGGGGCCAUGUCCCCCUCCAUUUUCAACUUUGUACUACAUGUAUUGAUAGGACGGUUACAAAAAGGUCAGGAAAUUAUUGGAACGUCAUUUGGAAUGGAUUGCAUUAGAGCAAAAGAGAAUUAAUGACUACGACUGU